AUGCAGUCAUUUAAUGAUCUGUUAAGGGAAGUUUCUAAAACUGGUGUAACAGAUGUACUAUGGUCCUCUAAGAAAAUGGGGGAUUCUGAGCUGGAGACACUUAUUGCUGCCAUGGAGAUGUCACCUAUACCAGUGGAAAGGAUUGAUCUUUCUGGUAAUGAAAUAACAUCAACUGGUGCUUUUGCUCUUGCACGAUUUCUUCAAAAAUCACCAACAGUUCAAGAGGUCCAGCUUCAGGGAAACAAAAUUGAUAAUGAUGGUGCAAGGGCUUUUAUUCACGUUUUUACUAAUUCUGUUCAUCCCAAAGCAUUUGAUAUUGAUGAUAAUCUAUGCUCAAAAUCACUUGUUCAUAAUCUAGUAUUACUGGCUCAAAGUGAUAAAUACUCAAAGGAUAUUCAAAGAGCACUUUUAACUGGUGAAACAGAUCAACUUGAUUUAUCAGGAAUCAGUCAUAAUAAAGUAGAUACCCGUUUGAUUCCUUUUUUUGUGCGUCAUAUUGAUGGUUUAAAGACUCUAAUUCUUUCUGGAUGUUCUCUUGGAGAUGCAGGAACCGCAGCAAUUGGAGCAUUACUUAAAGAAAGUACUGUACAACAUGUGGAUUUAAGUAAUAAUGAUGUAUCUGAUGUAGGACUUUCACAGUUUAUUGAAAGUUCUGGUCUUGUAAAUCAUCCAACUAUAAAGUUUUUAUCAUUUGCUCAAAAUAUUCGUAUUGGUAAUUAUGCUGCACAAGCUCUUGUAAAUUCUUUAUUUGAAAAGAAUGAUAUAAUUACCACUUUUAAUUUGGUAGAAACUUCUGUUACAUCAAAGGUACGCGCUGUUAUUGAUCAUGAAUGUGCUUUAAAUAAAGAACCAAAUCCUUUAAAAAAAGCAGUUGUGGCCAUUCGAACAAAUAAUCCAUCAUGUAUAUCUGUAAAUCUUCAAUGGGAAGAAGGAAUGAAAAGGGCAGCAUAUUUUAUUGCUCCUGUUUUAAAGGAUAAUUCCUAUUUGGUGGAAUUAAAUUUGGGAAAUUGUUCAGUAGGUGACAAAGGUGUGGAACUUUUGGUUGAACCAUUACGUCAUAACAGUACUAUUCGUAUUCUUGCUCUUCCAAAUAAUGAUAUAACAUCUACUGGAGCAAAGAAUUUAUUUCAAUGUCUUCAGAGGCAUGUAUCAGUGGAAGAAGUAAAUGUAGCAGGAAACCUAAUUAAUGAUGACGCAGCUCUUUCAAUAAUAAAUGCUAUUAGAUCAAACAGUUCUUUGAAGAAUGUCAACAUUACCAACAAUUACAUUGGAGUGGAUUAUUUAAAUGAAGUGGAAGGUUUGCUUCUGAUUAAUCAAUCACCAAAGGAAAUUCGACGACUUGUAGUUCAAAUUGAGUCAAAUGAUCCUUCUUUAACUGAAAUUUCUCUUUCAGGAGGAACUGGUGAAGAAUAUUACAAUAAUACUUCAGUACGUUUGUUAUGUCAAGCACUUUUAUUAAAUCGAACUGUACUUUCUUUGGAUUUAUCAAGAAAUGUUGUUGGUGAUACAGGAGUUGUUUUUAUUUCUGAAAUGCUUAUGACUAAUGCAACUCUUACACAUUUAAACCUAUCAGAAAAUUCCAUAACAGGUCGUGGAGCUCGAAGAUUAUGUGAUGCCCUUCGCACAAAUACAUCACUUGAAGAAUUAAAUCUUUCAAAUAAUGCAUUAUAUGAUGAUGGAGUUGAAGCUUUUCCAGAUAUGUUAAAAUUUAAUGACAGAAUACUUUCUAUUAACUUGGAAAAAACAGGAGUUUCUCCACAAAUGUAUACUAAAAUUAUUGAAGCAGCAGAUCUUAAUAAAGAACCAAAAAGCCUUAAAGAUACAGUUUACAGAUUACAGAAUGGUGAUGAAGAUAUGAAAAAAGUGGAUUUAAGAAGAGAAAAUUGUUCUCGACCCCUUGAUGAUCAAUCUAUUGGAACACUUUGUGUUCAUCUAAAAGGGAGGUCAUUUGUGCAUGAUUUGAUUCUUAAAGGUAAUGCUAUUAAAACUGAAGGAUGUAAAAGUCUUGGAAAUAUUAUUGCCCGAGAAGAUUGUGGAAUUUCUCUUUUGGAUCUUUCAUCUAAUCCUAUUGAUGAUGAAGGUCUAAUUGAAUUGGUAAAAGGUUUAGAAUCUGAUAAAUGUUCAUUGGAAGUUCUUAUUUUAAAUGAAACAAAUGUAACUUCAAUUGGUAUUGAAUUUUUAACUAAAAUUUUAAAAACUAAUACAUCUCUUAAAGAUGUACGUACUCCAAUUGGUGUUACAGCAGAUGCAUUUUGUACGAUGAAUCGUGAACUUAUGAUAAAUGAACAACCUCAAUCACUUAAACCUUUAUUAGCAUCUAUAGAUGCUAAUGAUGAUAUUCCUACGGUAGUUCUUAGAGAUCCUAAAUAUCCGUUUACUGAUUCUGCAUGUCAGCUGCUUUCUGCAUCAUUAUUGAAUAAUAAUCAUGUUACUUUUAUUGAUUUAUCACAAAAUUCAUUGACAUGUGAGAGUAUGCCAUUCCUAGCUGAAGCUCUCUCUCGAUGCCCAUGGAUAAGAGGAGUUGAUCUUUCUAACAAUCGAAUCGAUGAAAGAGGAGGAAGAAUUCUUUUAAAAUUUUUACAAGAAAAUGACCAUAUUGUAUCACUCGUUUUGGAAGGUAAUUCAAUAUCUAAUAAUUGUAUGGAAGAGAUUACACAACUUUUAUCUCUUAAUGCAGGAUCCGUUAGACUGAAAAAGAUUCUUUUGUUACACAGAUCUGGUAAAUUAACGAGUGAAAUGAUUGAUUUAAAUGCGCAAAAUGAAGCGUAUAAAUUGAAUGAUGAGGAUGUUCAAACUUUAUGUGAGGUUUUGGAACAAUCUUCUACAAUACGUGCAGUUGAUCUUGGAAUGAACAAUAUAACUGAUAUUGGAUGUGAAAUGAUUGCUGAUGUACUUCGUGUUAAUCACACUAUUGAAGCUUUGUAUUUGGAUUAUAAUCCUAUCGGUGAAGUUGGAGGUGAAGCUCUUUUUAAUGCAUUAAAGGUGAAUCCACAACUUCAUACACUAUUUCUUGAAGGAUCAAAUGUACCAGAGGAAAUAUGGGAAGAUAUUUUAUCUCUUCUUCAUGUUAAUGAAACUCCACUAAGGGAGAGAAUAAAUAUGAGAGGUCUUCAUCUUGAAGACGUUGAUGAUGAAACACAGUUUAAGAGUACAGACUAUGCUGUUGCUCAAGAAGAAAAGCUUGACAAGGACGCACUUUGUCUUUAUGAAGAACCACGCAAAAGUAUUUUACUGGACAAUUAA